CACUCCUUGGUCUCCGGGACGGACGCUCAGACUCUUCUCUCGCCUUAGCCAGACUCGUUUUCCCGCCUCUCAAACUCCGGCUUCCCUCCACUCCUCGCUCUUUUCCCUCCACAUUCCCCUCCUCUUUCUCCCACGCCGCAAACCCUGGUCCCCGUUGCCUUCCCCGGCCCUUUCCCUUUCCCUUCUCCUCCUUCGACUUCUGUCCGCUUCCACCUCAGACUCCCCGAGCGUGCCUAACUCAGUCACCCGCUCCGGUUCCGCUCGAAGUCAUGGCGGGACCUGGGGGUUGGAGGGACAAGGAGGUCACGGAUCUGGGCCACUUGCCGGAUCCCACUGGAAUAUUCUCACUGGAUAAAACCAUUGGCCUUGGUACUUAUGGCAGAAUCUAUUUGGGACUCCAUGAAAAGACUGGUGCACUUACAGCUGUUAAAGUGAUGAAUGCUCGUAAGACCCCUUUACCUGAAAUAGGGAGGCGAGUGAGAGUGAAUAAAUAUCAAAAGUCUGUCGGGUGGAGAUACAGUGAUGAAGAAGAAGAUCUCAGGACUGAACUCAACCUUUUGAAGAAGUACUCUUUCCACAAGAACAUUGUGUCCUUCUACGGUGCAUUUUUCAAGCUGAGUCCCCCUGGCCAGAGACAUCAACUUUGGAUGGUGAUGGAGUUAUGUGCAGCAGGCUCAGUCACUGAUGUAGUGAGAAUGACCAGAAAUCAGAGUUUGAAAGAAGAUUGGAUUGCUUAUAUCUGCCGAGAAAUCCUCCAGGGCUUAGCUCAUCUUCAUGCACACCGUGUAAUUCACCGGGACAUCAAAGGUCAAAAUGUGCUACUGACUCAUAAUGCUGAAGUAAAACUAGUGGAUUUUGGAGUGAGUGCCCAGGUGAGCAGAACUAAUGGGAGGAGAAAUAGCUUCAUUGGGACACCAUACUGGAUGGCACCUGAGGUGAUUGACUGUGACGAGGACCCCAGACGCUCCUAUGAUUACAGAAGUGAUGUGUGGUCCGUGGGAAUCACUGCUAUUGAAAUGGCUGAAGGGGCUCCUCCCCUGUGUAACCUUCAGCCUUUGGAAGCCCUAUUCGUUAUUUUGCGAGAAUCUGCUCCCAAAGUCAAAUCCAGCGGAUGGUCCCGCAAGUUCCAUAAUUUCAUGGAAAAGUGCAUGAUAAAAAAUUUCUUAUUUCGUCCUACUUCUGCAAACAUGCUUCAUCACCCAUUUGUUCGGAAUAUAAAAAAUGAAGGGCAUGUUGUUGAGUCAUUAAAGAAGCACCUUACUGGAAUCAUUAAAAAGAGACAGAAAAAAGGAAUACCUCUGAUCUUUGAAAGAGAAGAAGCUAUUAAGGAGCAGUAUACCAUGAGAAGAUUCAGGGGACCUUCUUGUACUCAUGAGCUUCUGAGAUUGCCUACGAGCAGUAGAUGCAGACCACUUAGAGUCCUGCAUGGAGAACCGUCUCAGCCAAGGUGGUUACCUGAUCGAGAAGAGCCACAGGUUCAGGCCCUUCAGCAUCUCCAGGGAGCAGCCAGGGUGUUCAUGCCACUACAGGCUCAUGACAGUGCACCUAGGCCUCUACAGGGGCAAGCCCAGGCACCUCAGCGACUACAGGGGGCAGCUCGAGUGUUCAUGCCACUACAGGCUCAGGUUAAGGCUAAGGCAUCUAGGCCCCUACAGAUGCAAAUGAAGGCACCUCCACGACUACGGAGGACAGCCUGGAUGCUUAUGCCACUACAGGCUCAGGUUAAGGCCCCUAGGCCUCUAAAGGUACAGGCCCAGGUACCCAAAGAGCAGCAGGCUCAGGCCCAGCCCCAGGCCUCAGGAGAGCUGCAGGAUCUGGACCAGGUACCAGAGGAAGUUCAAGGGCAAGAUCAGGUACCUGAACAACAGCAAAGGCAGGGCCAGGUCCCUGAACAACAGCAGAGACAGAACCAGGUACCUGAACAGCAGCUGGAGCAGAACAGGGCACCCGAGCAGCCAGAGGUACAGGAACAGGCUGCUGAGCCUACACAGGCAGAGACAGAGGCAGAGGAACCUGAGUCAUUACGAGUACAUGCCCAGGUAUUCCUGCCCCUACUGUCACAGAACCACCACGUGCUGUUGCCACUACAUUUGGAUACUCAGGUGCUCAUUCCAGUAGAGGGGCAAAAUGAAAGGUCACCUCAAGCACAGGCCUGGGCACUAGAGCCCACGCAGGCAGUUGGCUCUGUUCAAGCACUGAUAGAGGGACUAUCAAGAGACUUACUUCGAGCACCAAACUCACAUAACUCAAAGCCGCUUGGUCUACUGCAAACACUGAUGGAAAACCUGUCAUCAGACGUGUUUUACUCUCAACCAGAACAAGCACAGAAGAAAAAAUCAAAAGUUUCUAGUCUAAGGCAGGCAUUGGCAAAAAGACUAUCACCAAAGAGGUUCCGGGCAAAGUUGUCACGCAGACCUGAAGAGUUUGAGCUAUCAGAUUUAGAAGCCCAUAGGCAAAGGCGCCAACGCAGAUGGGAGGAUAUCUUUAAUCAGCAUGAGGAAGAAUUGAGACAAGUUGCAAAUGAAAAGGAAGAUGAAUCAUCAGAUAAUGAUGAAGUAUUUCAUUCGAUUCAGGCUGAAGUCCAAAUAGAACCAUUGCAGCCAUACAUUCCAAAUCCUAAAGAAAAUGAGGUUCAAGAGAGAUCUAUUUCUAUGCCUUACAACCAGGAUUGUGUACAUCGUGUCAAGUUCUCUUCAAGUGUUCCUCAGCGGUCUCUUUUGGAACAAGCUCAGAAGCCCAUUGACAUGAGACAAAGAAGUUCGCAAAAUCCUCAGAAUUGCCCAGCAGCAUCAGAAUCUUCUUCUGAGGAAGAGAGCCCUGUGACCAGGAGGAGGUCCCAGUCAUCACCACCUUAUUCUACUAUUGAUCAGAGGUUGCUGGUUGACAUCCAUGUUCCAGAUGGAUUUAAAGUAGGAAAAAUAUCACCCCCCGUUUACUUGACAAAUGAAUGGGUAGGCUAUAAUGCACUCUCUGAAAUCUUCCGGAAUGAUUGGUUAACUCCUGCACCUGUCAUUCAGCCACCUGAAGAGGAUGGUGAUUAUGUUGAACUCUAUGAUGCUGGUGCUGAUACUGAUGGUGAUGAUGAUGAUUCUAAUGAUGCUUAUGAAGAUACUUAUGACCAUGACAAUGGCUGUGAUGAGUUGGAUAACCAGGUUGAUCAGGCUAAUGAUGCUGGUGAAGACCAAGAUGAUGAUGACAAUGAUGAGGUUGUUGAUGACAAAGGCAAUAGUCGUGAUGAUGCUCCUAGUUGGCCAAGACCAAGCUGUGGCAGAGGUGGAAGUUACAAGCAAGAUGGUAAAGAUGGAAGUGAUGGAGGGGAAGGAACUUUCAGCAGCAAUGGAAGCCAGAGAGCUAGUAGAAGCCACGGAGGAAGUACAGCCAUUAGGGGCAGUGAAGCCAUUGGAGACCAUGAAGGACACAGAGCCAAUACAGGCAGUGGAAGAAGAGGCAAAGAGAGUAAUGGAAAUGAGGGAAUCAGUGGAACCAAUGAAGAGAGUGAAGCCCUUGAACUCAAUGGAGAAGAAAAUUGCUCAGAGAUACAUGAUCCAGUAUUGGAGAGACCAGCAUCCCAGGAAUUUGAACAUAAACCAGAGGAGUUAGGUGGUAGAAGUGAAGCCUCAAAUGCCGUUGCCUCAGGCACUGCACCUGCAGCACCUGGUGAUGAGAAUGACACUAUGGACAUAUCAGAAGUAUCAACAGAAUCAGGUUUUUCUGCCAGCCACUCAUCUCCUUCCAAAGGUUCUGAAGGGGCUGCAAAUGCUGACUUUGCCAGUACCGUCUUAUAUGCUGGAUUAGUGGAAGUACCUGAGAAAUCAUCUAAGCAACCCUCUGAAGUCAAUGUUAACCCACUCUAUGUCUCUCCUGAAUGUAAAAAACCACUAAUCCACAUGUAUGAAAAGGAAUUCACUUCUGAGAUCUGCUGUGGUUCUUUGUGGGGAGUGAAUUUGCUGUUGGGAACUCGAUCAAAUCUGUAUCUGAUGGACAGAAGCGGAAAGGCAGACAUUACUAAACUUAUAAAGCGAAGACCAUUCCGUCAAAUUCAAGUUGUAGAGCCACUCAAUUUGCUGAUUACCAUCUCCGGCCAUAAGAACAGACUUCGGGUGUAUCAUUUGACCUGGCUGAGAAACAAGAUUUUGAAUGAUGAUCCAGAAAGUAAAAGAAGACAAGAGGAAAUGCUCAAGACAGAGGAAGCCUGCAAAGCUAUUGAUAAGUUGACAGGCUGUGAACACUUCAGUGUCUUGCAACAUGAAGAAACAACAUAUAUUGCAAUUGCUUUGAAAUCAUCAAUUCACCUGUAUGCAUGGGCACCAAAGUCCUUUGAUGAAAGCACUGCCAUUAAAGUGAUGUGCAUUGAUCAAUCAGCAGACUCCAAAGGAGACUACAUGUCCUAUGAAGCCUAUAUACGAAUACUGGCAAAAAUACAGGCAGCUGAUCCAGCAAACCGGUUUAAGAGACCAGAUGAGCUCCUUCAUUUGCUGAAGCUCAAGGUGUUUCCAACACUUGGUCAUAAGCCAGUGACAGUUGACCUGGCUAUUGGUUCUGAAAAAAGACUAAAGAUUUUCUUCAGUUCAGCAGAUGGAUAUCACAUCAUUGAUGCAGAAUCUGAGGUUAUGUCUGAUGUGACCCUGCCAAAUAAUCCCCUGGAAAUCAUUAUACCACAGAAUAUCAUCAUUUUACCUGAUUCCUUGGGAAUUGGCAUGAUGCUCACUUUCAAUGCCGAAGCCCUUUCCAUGGAAGCAAAUGAACAACUCUUCAAGAAGAUCCUUGAAGUGUGGAAAGACAUACCAUCUUCAGUAGCUUAUGAGUGUUCACAGCGAGCCACAGGAUGGGGCCAAAAAGCCAUUGAAGUCCGCUCUUUGCAGUCAAGGGUUCUGGAAAGUGAACUGAAGCGCAGGUCAAUUAAGAAGCUGAGAUUUCUGUGUACCCGAGGUGACAAGCUGUUCUUUACCUCUAUCCUGCGCAAUCGCCAUAGCCGGGUUUACUUCAUGACCCUUGGAAAACUUGAAGAGCUCCAAAGCAAUUAUGGUGUUUAAAAGGUUCCAAUGAUUUAUUAUAACAAUUACAAACAUCAUAAAUAUACAAUUUGCAUUUUAAGUUUCUGAUAUUAAAUGAGCAUACAGUUUUACUGGUAGGGAAAAAUUAAAUCAGAUACUUUUAAUGUAGCACAGAAUAGUUUUAAUGAGAAAUGUAGCUUUAUAUAUAAAAUUAACUAUAGCAAGCUCUAUGUACUCCAAUGGUGUACAAUAUCUUUUGCACAAACCUUGUAACUUUUGUUACUGUGAAUUCAAACAUUACUCUUUGGACAGUUUGGACAGUAUCUAUAUUCAGAUUUUACAACAUGGAGUUAAGAAACCUGUAAUAAGUUAGAUUCCAAACAGCUUUCAAAAGAAUUGGCCCUAAAUGAGGGGGGUUUUUUUGGAAAAAAAUAAAAAUAGCAACAAACCAUAUGUAAAUUUGCCAAGUCCUAUAAAGAACCAAAGGUUAGAUUAUGAAAUGAAAAUAAUAAGGACUAAACAUAAACCAGACUAAGGCUGAACAACCUGCAUGCCUGGAGAAAACUACAGUGAUAAAGGGGAAAAGGCCGCCCAUUUCCUCAUUGCUCCAUGACAGUUAAGCCCACAGACAGAGAACAGUUGUGUUCUUUCACCCCAUGUUAAGCUGGUUUUCUCCUGAUAAGAAGAAAGGAAGAAAGCCUCGGAUGCUUGAUUUUCCUCAGAAACUCCAAAGAUGUGCAAUAGCCGUUUUUAAAAACCACCGAAUAAUACACUUGCAAGCCUGAAUACAGGACUGAACUCCUAUACACAUGUACUGUAGAAUAAGUUGUAUAUUUUAAUACUUUAAAGUAGGCGUCAAAUUCUAUCCCCAAAGACAAAUUGGUUGAUUUAUCAAAAUUCUUAUCUGGCCAACAGUGUGACCAUCAGAAGCAUUAACUAUUUUCCUGAUUCCAGAUUAAACUAUAUAAAAAUUUCACUCCAGUCAUUAAACAAAAAUUACAAAAUGUAACAGCAAAAAGUUUUGGCUGCUAAUACUUGUGUUUUUCAUGUUUCUAUUUCUGUAAUAUCAGAAAUUAAUCUAAAAGUGAUAAGUCCACAUGUAGGGACUUAAUGUAAUAGGUUAAAAAAGAUUUUGAAAGAAAAUACAACUUUCAUCAAAUACCUAGGUCUACAAAUUUAUAGUCGUGAAAAAAUCAUUCUAGUCCAUCACUCCAAUAAGUUAUAGACGCCAUAGAUAGGUGGCGUUUGGUCACCUAUGGUAAUUGCUACCUGGUGAAAAGCAUCAUUUCUGCAUAUCCAUCCUCAAUACCAUGGU